GGGUGGUGUGAGGAGCUGCUGCGCUGAGGCGGCGGCAGCGGCGCUGAGGUGGUGGCGGCGCUGCCUGCCUCGGGCCGCCCGGCCUCUCGGCUCGACCCCCAGCCUCUCCUGAGCCCGCCGGGGCCCGCGCCGGCCAGCGCCUGCCCUAUGAGUGUGUCACUGGUUGUCAUCCGACUGGAGCUCGCGGAACACUCGCCCGUCCCCGCCGGCUUCGGCUUCAGCGCCGCGGCCGGGGAAAUGUCCGAUGAGGAGAUCAAAGAGAAGACACUAGCUUCAGCUGUAGCCUGUUUAGAAGGGAAGUCACCAGGGGAGAAAGCAGCAAUCAUACAUCAGCAUCUUGGCCGUCGAGAAAUGACAGACGUGAUCAUUGAGACCAUGAAGUCCAACCCAGAUGACCUGAAAGCUUCAAUGGAAGAAAGAAAGUCUUCAGAAGCAUCCCCCACUGCACAGAAAAGUAAAGAUCAAAGUAAAGAAAGUGUAAAUACUGCUCCCGAUUCUCCAUCCAAACAGCUUCCAGACCAGAUUUCAUUCUUCAGUGGAAAUCCAUCAGUUGAAAUAGUUCAUGGUAUUAUGCAUCUAUAUAAGACAAAUAAGAUGACCUCCUUAAAAGAAGAUGUGAGGCGCAGUGCCAUGCUGUGUAUUCUCACAGUCCCUGCUACAAUGACCAGUCAUGACCUUAUGAAGUUUGUCGCCCCAUUUAAUGAAGUAAUUGAACAAAUGAAAAUCAUCAGAGACUCUACUCCAAAUCAAUAUAUGGUGCUGAUAAAGUUUAGUGCACAGGCUGAUGCAGAUAGUUUUUAUAUGGCAUGCAAUGGCCGCCAGUUCAACUCAAUAGAAGAUGAUGUUUGCCAGCUGGUCUAUGUGGAAAGGGCCGAAGUACUGAAAUCUGAAGAUGGUGCCAGUCUCCCUGUGAUGGAUCUGACCGAGCUCCCCAAGUGCACGGUGUGUCUGGAGCGCAUGGAUGAGUCUGUGAAUGGCAUCCUCACCACGUUAUGUAACCACAGCUUCCACAGCCAGUGUUUGCAGCGCUGGGACGACACGACGUGCCCUGUUUGCCGGUACUGUCAAACUCCAGAGCCAGUAGAAGAAAAUAAGUGUUUUGAAUGUGGUGUUCAGGAAAACCUUUGGAUUUGCUUAAUAUGUGGCCACAUAGGAUGUGGACGAUAUGUAAGUCGACAUGCUUAUAAGCACUUUGAGGAAACCCAGCACACGUAUGCCAUGCAGCUCACCAACCAUCGAGUCUGGGACUAUGCUGGAGAUAAUUAUGUCCAUCGACUGGUUGCAAGUAAAACAGAUGGAAAAAUAGUACAGUAUGAAUGUGAGGGUGAUACUUGCCAAGAAGAGAAAAUAGAUGCCUUGCAGUUAGAGUAUUCAUAUUUACUAACAAGCCAGCUGGAAUCACAGCGAAUCUACUGGGAAAACAAGAUAGUUCGGAUAGAGAAGGACACAGCAGAAGAAAUUAACAAUAUGAAGACCAAAUUUAAAGAAACAAUUGAGAAAUGUGAUAAUCUGGAGCACAGACUAAAUGACCUUCUAAAAGAAAAGCAGUCCAUGGAAAGAAAGUGCACUCAGCUAAACACAAAAGUAGCCAAACUCACCACAGAGCUCAAAGAGGAGCAGGAAAUGAACAAGUGUUUGCGAGCCAAUCAGGUCCUCCUGCAGAACAAGCUGAAGGAGGAGGAGAGGGUUUUGAAGGAGACCUGUGACCAGAAGGAUCUGCAGAUCACCGAGAUCCAGGAGCAGCUGCGUGAUGUCAUGUUCUACCUGGAGGCACAGCAGAAGAUCAACCACCUGCCUGCUGAGACCCGGCAGGAAAUCCAAGAGGGGCAGAUCAACAUUGCCAUGGCCUCAGCCUCGAGCCCCGCCUCUUCCGGGGGCAGUGGGAAGCUGCCCUCCAGGAAGAGCCGCAGCAAGAGGGGCAAGUGACCUUUGCAGAAACAGGUGUCCCUGAGACUGUUUUCCCUGGCACGGCGAGGGUGUGCUGGGGCCUAAAUGUGAGGGUGGGCCCGAAAUAAGUACAAGUGAGGAUCAAGCUGCAGUUGUUUGGAUCUUUCAUUUGCUAGUGUUUGGUGUAAUGAAUGUAGAGGGUUGACAACUAGGAGAACUGAUGGAAAGGGGAAUGUUUUAAAUGGUGGCUGCUUUUUUCAACCUAAUAGUUCACUAACCUCAGACAUUCUAAUGACCAUUUUGCCUUCCUACUUGAUAGAUGCCCCAAAUCUGCUGUACAUUUUUCUGUUGUAUUUAUUGAGUUGGUGUUUUUGACAUUCAGUUACGGGGUCGGUGGGUAACAUUCCUAGUCCUAAAGCACCAAACCUCCCUGAGGUCAUAGAAGCUGCCUUAGAGAGAGGUUUGCAUUGGCUACUGAGGAUUUAUGAAAAUUCCAGAGCAUUAGUCUCAUAUCAUUGUCAUCCCUCCCUUCCUCUAGGGAAUUGAAGGACUGGUUGAAUGUUAUAUGAAAAGAGGCUGGGCCUGUAAACCAGGCACUGGCUUGUCUCCAGCAGCCAUAUCUUCUUGCCCCAGGGCUAGCCAGGAAAAACAACAAUCCAGGGCAGGCUGAGUAGACCCAGUGUAGGAAAAAUGGUGUUUCCACUUUGUUUAUUUUUUCUUGCCUUUUUUUUCUUUUUUUAAGCCUUUUUUUUUUUUCUCCCAGAAAGGAAGGAAGAGGGAGAGAGAAACAUCAAUGAUGAGAGGGAAUCAUUGAUUGGUUGCCUCCUGCACACCCCUUACAGGGGAAUGAUCCCACAACCCGGGCUUGUGCCCUUGGCUGGAAUCAAACCCAGGACCCUUCAGUCCGCCGGCUGACACUCUGUCUACUGAGCUGAACCGGCUAGGGCAACUUUGUUUGUUUUUGAUGAUUCUACACCUCCCCAUGAACCUCAAAUAAGGAGGAAACUUAAUAGUGACUCCAAGACUCAAAUCUCAGAAUGAAUUUCCUUGCAUCUAGCAAGAAUGAGCAGUCAGAUUUAUCAUCCAUGUGAAAAUGUAGAGUGAGGCCUCUGACUAGCUGAUUGUGUAUUUUGCUGGAAUCAGUAUUUUUUGAAUGUUUACAAAAGAUUGGGCUGCAUGUUCAGGUUGCGGCUAGAGGGAGCUUGGGCAGAUUUUCAAUUAUGCUUUCAAGCUGUAACCAAAGGGUGUUUCUAAAUCCAAAAAUUAGAAUUUUAACAGAGCCCCCUUUAAAACUGUCAUAUAAUGCUUGUUGUAGGCCAACAGAGGGGCUGUGUACUUUCUCUAAAAACAUAAACUCCAAAUAAUUCGUAAUAUGCAGUAAUGAGCAAAAUUACAAUAAGAGCUGUUGGAAUUUAGCUUUCAAAAGUGGUAAGUUGGAUAGGUUAACAAGACAUACUGUUACAUGAUGAGUUUGUUUUCUGCUUUAUAAUUAGCCAAAGUUCAAAUUAUCACAUUUCAGAAUUUUUUUAGCCAGCCUAUGGGUAGGCCUCAUCCCCUUUGACCUAAAUGUCUUAUAAGUUACUUGUUAGCACACCAACUGUAUCGCUAAUCACCAUCCAUUGUUGUGGGAUGUGCUGCAGCAUUCCCAAAGAACCUUACCUGUAACUUUGCAAAAUGAAUGUACUUAAGACAUUCUCAAUUUUUGGCAGACCGACUGUAAGUCCUCUUUGGACUUACCAGAUAUCUCAGAUAUCUUAGAGCAACAGUGGGAAUGUAAAACAUAACCUAAUUCCCUUUCCUAUAGAGAUUCUAUUUUAUUUAAAAUCUAUUUUUACACUAGUUAGAAUCCUGCUUUUUUGGCCAAGUACUUGUCUUGCAUGUCUGACCUUGCAGAAGCUGGGGUGGAUUGUAGCAUACUAAUGAAGAGAAUUACAAGUGCUUUACAAAGCUUGCACACUCCUCAUUUCUCUGUGAUCACCUCUAUCAAGCAGCUCUACCACCAGCUGGGAAAAUGUAGAUUUUCUGCAUAGGUGGGAUAAAUGUUCUGGAAGCCUAUUCCCAGAGAAAUGAGCAAAUGGGCAAAUGUUUCCAAACUACUUGAAGGUUUCUAAAAAAUGUUGCAGAAAAUACAAAUCUUAUUAAGAUAUGGAAAGAAAAUGUUUUUUAAAAACCUGUUAAAGAGUUAUGUUUGAAUUUGACAAAAUUACAUAAGAUAGACACUGUCAGUGUUUUCUUCAGGGUGGAAAUGAACCACUUAACAUACCCAUACUACCUUGAACAAUGACAUUGCAUUAAAGUAACCAACUUUGAAAUGA